AUGUCGGGCGCAAACUCGUGGUUGACGAGGCAGCGCAAGAGCGACCUCGUCGAGCUCGCCGAGCUGACUGGACUCACUGGAUACGAGAACCAGAAGAAGACCGACUUGGAAGUCACUCUCGAUGAGUACCUCGCUGAGAACGCGACGCAGUUCUCUCACAACCCCAAGCUCGCGCCUUACUACAACAGCCGCGCCAAGGCAGCCGGCUCACCCAUCAAGAGAGAGGCGCCUUUGACCGAUCUUAUUAAGUCGACAACGCGCCGCAGGGCGACGAGAGUUAUCGCCGAGUUGCAGCCCGAGCCCGAGCCUGAAGCCGAAUCAUCGUCACCAAGCCCGGAGCCUGAGGAGCCUGCCAUCUCCACCGCCCUGGCGACGCGUACCCCCGCGCGCAACCUGUCUCUUGCAAGCCGCAUCCCCCUGCCCGCGACGCCCGCUGAUGUCGCCGAGGCUGUUGACCGCCAUACCGUUGCGGUCCGCGAGCGCGUCACGGAGCUCUACGACCAGUCGGGAAUCCAGGAGGGCACCCAUGCUGUGCGCUCGUCCCUGUCAACGGUCACCUCUGUGCUCUUCACCGUUGCCGCGUUCGAGGCAUGGAACCUGAGGGCCGAGGUCUUGCCCCUUCGCUACGCCUUCACUAUCCCCGCGAUUCCUGCCCUGGGCACCAACUUCUACCCCGUGUACGUGCCUGACGCGUUCCUGUUUGUGACGUCGUCCUUCUGGUCGCCCGUCGCACUGUGGACGCUCACCUCGGUUCUUAUUCCCUCCUUCUUCGGCUACUUCUAUAACCUGAGCGCCGCGAGCCAUCCCCAGCCUCGAGGCCGUAAGUCCUCGACGGUUGAGUACAAUGUCGACCCCCUGGUGUUCAGCAUUGUCAAGGCCCUUGUCUCUUUCGUUAUCUACGGCCAGAAGGCUACUUUUGGCGGAUGGAUCAACGAGAACUCCAUAGACCGCAUCAACGGCGCUCUGUACGGCGAGUGGAAGGGCAUCCUGACAGGUGCCGCCAUCACCGGCCUGGUGAGCCUGUACGACGCCAUCUUGAAGAAGUAA